UUAAACAAAUUAUAAACUCAGGAGAAAAUUUUGAAAUAGUAUUAUCGACACAGGCACUAAAACCCUUAAUUUCAUCCGGUCAAAUGUUAUAUCGAGAAAGUAACUCGACUGGGGCUUCGCUCUCACACACACGCACCCCAGCUCCAGCAUGGAGACACCGCAUCACGACCCGACCCGACGAGAGGAACCAGAGUUCGACCUCUACACCAUCCCCAGCUACUCCAGUUGGUUCGCCUGGGACAAUAUCCACGAGACAGAAAGAGCAGCAUUAAAAGAAUUCUUCGAUGGAAGCUCAAUUACAAGAACUCCAAAAAUCUACAAAGAAUACAGAGACUUUAUCAUCAAUAAAUACCGCGAAGAUCCUUCUAGAAGACUCACCUUCACAGAGAUUCGUAAGUCACUUGUUGGCGACGUUACUUUGCUCAACAAGGUCUUUCGAUUCUUGGAUAAUUCUGGAUUAAUAAACUUUGGUGCCGAUUCGGCUCCUUACAAUGAUUCCGAGAGAGAGGAAAUCGGCAAUUUUAGGGUUGAGGAUGGACCUCCCAAUGGCAUACGCGUCGUUGCUAUGCCGAAUUCCUUAAAGCCCCUUUCGGUGCCGCCGCAAAAUGCGGAGAUUGUUGAGAACGUGUUGAGAUUGCCACCUUUAACUUCUCAUUCCGAUGUUUUCGGGAAACAAAUAGGGUUUGUAUGUGGUAAUUGCGGCGAAACUUGUAAUUCCGGCCGAUAUGAAUGUAGUAAGGGUGAAUAUAUAUUGUGUACAAAUUGCUUCAACAAUGGAGAUUAUGGACAAAACAAUUCUAAGGAUGAUUACAAGUUUAAUGACAGUGUCGAUCAUAGCAGUGGGACUGUUUGGAGUGAGGCAGAGACUAUACUUCUUUUAGAAUCUGUUCUAAAGCAUGGAGACAACUGGGACCUUGUUGUCCGAGAUGUUCAAACCAAGAGCAAACUUGAAUGCAUUGCUAAGCUUAUUGAGCUGCCAUUCCGGAAUCUCCUUUUGAGCUCCACACUAGUUGGUGAUACUAGUGGACUGAGUGGGAGUGCAGAUUACUUGAAACCAGUUCCUGUGUCUUCGUCUGAGAAACAAGAUGCAGUGGAUAAUAUUGAGGGUCUGUUGCCUGAGUCCCAAAAUGUGAGCGAACAGAAUGGAGAUGCUGCAGAUGAAGGCUCUCCGUUGAAAAGAAAACGAAUUGUUUCUCUUUCGGAUGCUGGAAGUUGUUUGAUGAAACAGGUAGCUCUUAUCUCAACCAUGGCAGGCCCAGAUGUUGCAUCUGCUGCAGCUAAGGCUGCUAUUGGAGCACUUUGUGAUGAGACCUCAUGUCCAAGGGAGAUUUUUGGUGGAAAGGAGGAUUUUCCAGCUAAAGGCUUGUGGUCUCCCACUCUCUGUUCCAGGCCAGAGAGAGUCCUUUAUGUCAAAGAUACAGAGAUAAAAGAGAGGUCCACUCAAUUAGAAACUGAGGAUACAUCCCUGGGGCAGAAUGACAUACCCUUAACUUUGCGACUCAGAACAGCAGUUGCAACCUCUCUUGGGGCUGCUGCUGCUCAUGCCAAAUUAUUGGCCGAUGAGGAAGACCAGAAAAUUGAAAAAUUAGUUACCACCGUAGUUGAAGCACAGUUGAAGAAACUGCAGUACAAGAUCAAGCAUUUUGAUAACCUUGAACUGAUAAUGGAGAAGGAAUACGCCGAAUUAGAGGAACUGCAAGAGUCAUUAAUUGAGGAGCGGAUGGAUGUUGUACAGAGGGCAAUUAUGGCUGGCUUGUCUAAAUGGAGGGAUCAUUCUGCAGCAAGAACUUAAAGAGUGGUAGUAUGUUUUGAUGUAGGUCUAGAUCAAUGUACUUAAAGUAGUGAUAGAAGAGACUAGAUUUAAAAUAAGUUUAGCAGUAUGACCAGUGUACACCAUAGUUCAAUUUUCAAGUAUCAUAGGCAAUUACUCUUAAUUUAAAGCAACUGAAUUUGCUAUUAGGCUUGUCUAAUGACCAUAAUUAUGAGAAGGGCUGUUUAUAGCAAGCCCGAUCUGAUGUGACCACUUGUUUAGCACGCAGCACUAAGAUCGAAUACAACCCAGCUCCUAUUGGGUUAAUACUAAUUGCUUGUAAUAUCUUUGAACGCUAUUAUCUACCUCGUAGCACAGGUCAAUUUUCA